AUGCCUUUCGGGUUGAAGAAUGCUGGAGCCACUUAUAAGAGGACCAUGACUACCCUGUUCCAAGACAUGAUUCACAAAGAGAUGAAAGUCUAUGUGGAUGAUAUCAUAAUUAAAUCCAAGAAGGUUGAGGACCAUUUGGUUGAUUUAAAGAAAUUGUUUGAAAGAUUGAGGAUGUAUAAUUUGAAGUUGAACCCCGCGAAAUGUGCUUUUGGAGCUCCGGCUGGUAAUUUAUUGGAUUUUAUUGUCAGCAAAAAGGGUAUAGAGAUAGAUCCUGCUAAAAUAAAAGCAAUUCGAGAUAUGCCCAUUCCAAAAAGUCAAAAAGAUGUGAAGAGUUUUCUUGGAAAGAUCAAUUUCAUUGGCCGAUUCAUUGCACAGUUAACUUCUACCUUUGAGCAUUUAUUCAAACUGUUGAAAAAGAAUGCGCCGAUGGAGUGGAAUGAAAAGUGUCAGCAAGCUUUUGAUAAGAUCAAAAAUUAUUUGUUAAAUCCUCCGGUCUUAGUGCCACCUCAGCCAGGGAGACCUUUGAUUAUGUAUUUGUCUGUUCUUGAUGAGGCUGUGGAACAGCAUGACGAGUCUAGGAGAAAGGAGCAAGUCAUCUACUAUCUGAGCAAGAAAUUUACAGCAUAUGAAGCCAACUAUUCUUUCCUUGAGAUAAGUUGUUGUACUUUAGCAUGGGCAGCUCAGAAGUUGAAACAUUAUUUGCUCGGUUAUACUACUUACUUGAUUUCCCAUUCUGAUCCUUUAAAAUACCUACUGGAAAAGUCGAUGCCCACGGGACGUAUGGCUAAGUGGCAAAUGAUCCUUUCCGAGUUCGACAUUGUCUUCACAACACAAAAGACAGUCAAGGGUCAAGUUAUAGCAGAUCAUUUGGCAGAAAAUCCAAGAGAUGAUGAUUACCAACCAUUGCAUACCUACUUUCCUGAUGAAGAAAUUCUGUUCGUUGGAGCAGUUGAAAAUAUGAGUACGCAGUAUCCUGGAUGGAGGUUAUUUUUUAACGGUGCGGCAAAUUCUUUUGGAACUGGAAUUGGAGCAAUUUUAGUGUCGCCUGAAGGGAAACAUUAUCCUGCUACCGCCAAAUUACAGUUUCCUUGUACCAACAACAUGGUUGAGUAUGAAGCUUGUAUUUUUGGAUUGAAAAUGGCAUUGGACAUGGAGAUCAAGGACCUGAUAGCAUUCAGUGAUUCUGAUUUACUUAUGCACCAGACGCUUAAGCAGAAUUUGGAACUCAGACUUAUUCCCCGCACUCGUAAUGCCUUUGCUGAUACUUUAGCUACACUGUUUUCGAUGAUCCAACAUCCCGAUGAACUGGUGAUUGAACCUAUACAGAUUCAACUUCAGAAUAGGCCAGCGCAUUGUCUGAUUACGGAAAGGGUCACUGGUGGUCGCUCAUGGUACAAUGAUAUUAAGGAAUUCAUGAAAACGGGAUACUACUCUCCUGAUACUGAUUCUGUUGCAAAAAGUUUCUUACACAGAAUGUCAGCAAUAUUUUUCUUGAAUGGAGAAGUACUAUACAAGAAAACAUCUGAUUUGGGCCUUCUGAGAUGCAUCAAUGAAGGGGAAGCAUAUUAUAUGAUGAAAGAAAUGCAUAGCGGGGUUUGUGGGCCACAUAUGAAUGGGCAUCUACUGGCUAAGAAGAUCAUGAGAACAGGAUAUUUUUGGCUUACCAUGGAGCAUGACUGUGUAGAUUUUGUUAGAAAGUGUGUUAAGUGUCAAAUGCAUGGUGAUGUUAUACGUGCUCCUCCUACAGAAUUGCAUAGUAUGACUGCUCCAUGGCCAUGUUCGAUCUGGGGAAUGGAUGUGAUCGGAACUAUUGAUCUUCCUGCUUCAAAUGGGCAUCGAUUCAUCUUAGUGGCGAUUGAAUAUUUCACCAAAUGGUUGAGGCAGUGUCCUAUAAGCAUGUGA